AUGCAGGACACUGAGAGUGUGUUGGUGCAAACCAAUAUCGAUCGACGGUCAUGCCGUCGUGUCAAGUCGAUGCAAGUCCUCGUUCUGGGCCUCUGCCGCACGGGAACCCUCUCAACAUGGCUAGCGCUGCAGGAGCUCGGGUACGACACCUACCACAUGACCUCGAUCAUGCAAAAUCCCAAGGACGCGGCAAUGUGGACAGAGGCCUUCCAGGGCAAAUACCACGGCGGCAAGCCCUUCACACGCGCCGACUGGGACCAGCUGCUCGGCCACGUCGAGGCCGUGACCGACUUCCCUGCCGCGGUCUUCGUGGAGGAGCUGGUCGCCGCCUACCCAGAGGCCAAGGUGGUGUUGACCCUGCGCGACGUCGACGCCUGGUACCAGUCCAUGCAGCAUACCAUCAUGGCGCAGACCUACAGCCCUCUGGCCACGCUGCUGGGCUGGAUCGACCCGGAGAAAUUCGGGGCGGGCAACCGCAUGUGUCGCAUCGGCUUCGACGCCAUGUUCCGGGGCGACUUCACGCAGAACGGCAAGCAGGCGUUCCGCGACCACUACGACCUCGUCCGCCGCGUGGUGCCGGACGAGCGCCUGCUGGAGUGGAAUCCGGCUGAGGGCUGGGAGCCUCUGUGUGAAUUUCUAGGCAAGCCCGUGCCGGCGACGCCGUUCCCGCGCGCCAACGAGAAGGCCAUCUUCCAGAAGAAGUCUGCCACCGUCGUGCGGAGCGCUUUUGCGCGCUUCUUCAGAAGGACGGCGUGCUACGGUCUAGGGAUUGCGGUCGCAUACUUGGCUGCUCGUCAUGGCCGUCAGGCCUUGUUGCGCCAAUAGAUGGUAUUCUCUUGAUAAUUCUGGCGCAUGGUAAUUUUUUCGUGGGUUGUUUGCAUUUCGUUGUGUAUAUUGUCUUUUGGAACGAGCUUUGUUAAGGGUCU